AUGUUCACCAAUAACCAGAGGCAGCUAGAGCGAACAGGAAGAUACGGAACCUCCAGAUUGCAAUACCUUCAGGAGCUGGUGAACCAGUUUCAGAACGCAUCUGAGAAUGAAACAAAAGAGAAGAUUUUGGCAAAUUUAGCCAACUUCGCCUAUGAUCCUUACAAUUAUAACUUCUUGCGCCAGCUUAACGUUUUGGAACUUUUCCUUGACUGCAUCACCGAACCCAAUGAAAAGCUUAUAGAAUUUGGUGUUGGAGGGAUCUGUAAUUGUUGUAUUGAUCCAGUCAAUGCUGCAAUUAUAACAGGAGCUGGUGGGAUUCCCCUUAUCAUUCAAUGUUUAUCAAGCCCAGUUAGGAACACUGUAAAUUAUGCACUCGGGGCACUUUAUUACGUCUGUAAUGAAUCUAACAAGGAAGAGAUUUUAAAGCCUGAAGUUGUUGAUGUCAUCAAGAGGUAUGCAGCAGCUGAAGAAGUUAGUGUGAGCUUUAGUAAUCUGGCUAAAGCUUUUCUGGACAGUCAUCAAGACGGCCCAUCAUUCCAUUCUCAAUUAUGA